GAGCUGAUAGAAGAGAUAAAAGAGAUAGCGAUCUAAGUGGACAGGCAUAUUACUGUUAUUUAGAGUAUCAGUAUUAUCUGAUCGAGAUUAGAUCAUAUGCUGUAUCUAAUUGGUCGAACUGUUUGAGAUCUAGAGAUAGAACUAAUAAAUAGAAUAAAAAGAAGAAUAUGAAUACAAAAUAAACAAUUUCCUUCCAUCAUCUCUGAUAUCAAUGAUAAAAAUCGUUAACAAAUUUGGUCUGCUUCGCGAUAAGCUUUUUUCAACGCUCAUCACAAACCUUCAAAAAGGCGCAUAAAAUGUCUGAUAUAGCUGCAGCUACGAGCAUCACGCCUGAGGAACCUAAUUUACAAACUCCACCUCCAGGUUUAUCUGCCCAACCAUUUUGCAGCCAUUGUAGAGCAACACAGACACCUCUAUGGAGACGCAAUCCAGAUGAUUCAGCAUCCGUUUUAUGCAACGCUUGCGGUCUUUUUCUUAAACUCAAAGGUAUGCCUCGUCCACUUAGCUUGAAGACCGAUGUUCCGCGUACGAGAAAGCGUCAAAAAGCUUGUGAUAAGGAUCAAAACGCUGAUGGAACAUCAUCAAAGUCUAAAAAGAAGAAUUCAAAAUCUGAUUCUCAGGACCAUGAUAACGAUGACGAUCGUCAGAAUGAGAAUUCUCCAGAUGAAAUAAAUGGCUCGAAGUUACGCGCGGAUUCGCCCAAACGCCCGGUUAUUCCAAAAGAUUACGAUUAUACAGCCCCUUAUAUGAUCAAACGUCCAAGGAAAUCAAAAUAUGAUAUCACUGAGAUGGCGCCUCCAAAAUCUAUUCUCGAGACCCUCGGUAUUGAGCCAAUCCCUGGGGGCCAGGGAAAGUUGGAUUCUCAAUCGAUUAACAAGUUGGUUGGUGGUAUCGCACCACUUAACAGCUCGCAAGUGCAAAAUGCCCAUGCUCUCCACCAGCAGCAACAACAGCAGCAGCACCAACAACAACAACAGCAACAACAACAGCCAUCACAACAGCAACAACAGCACUUACUCACUUCAAAACCGUUACCUACUGCUGCAGGCGGCGGUUCAAAUGCUUCGCAAACUUACCAACAAAGUGCACCAGCACAACAAUCUAAUGCAUCAUUUAUAAAUCAUUAUUCAUCAAUAAACCCAACGUCGUCUUUAUCUGCUGGUCAAGUACCUCAACAAACUGAAAUAAAAGAAGAGUCAGCAUCUAGACCAAUGUUGCAAUCACACUCUUCUUCACCUAUUAUACCUCAACAUUCAACAACAUCACGCCCAAUGAGUCAAAGUUUGUCUGCGAUUUUGAGUAAUCAUCAAAAGUCGAUGAAUUACCAUUCACAGUAUAACUCUCAUGAACCUGUUGAUCAAGUUAGACUUUUGAAAGCACAAGUGCAAGAACUGGAGAGAGCAUACGAAGGCGCUCUAAAUAAGCUCAACAAGUAUGAAAAAUUUGAAGAACUUAAUAACAACAAUAACAGUAAAGUUGGUUCAGAUAAGGAUAAUUCAACAGAAUCAGCAUCCGAUAAUAUGGAAGUUGACAGUCAAUCAAAGGAUCAACAAACACCACCAGUUGAUCCGCCAAGGAGAUCAACAAGACCGAAGAAUUUUAGAUACGAUUCAGCUGAUAUCGAUAAUGAACAGUUUGAGAAUAUUCUAUUCAAGCGUACUGAAAUGCGUAUAAAACGAUUAUGCGCUUCUAAUAGAUCCGGAUUGAGGAUGUGUGCAUUCCAUGAUGCAAAGAAAUCAACACCAAUUUAUGCACCAAGGGCAGCGCCACCUGGUAUAAUGUCUUGUGGAUGCACGUUUGAUCAAACAUUAUUCGAAGAAACUUUAUCUAGACAUGGUGUUGGUAGUAUACAACCAGGAGAUGUAAUUAGAUUAGAUGCCAAACUACGUGACAAUAUACUCAACUUACUCGAAUGGCAAUAUAAUUACGUGGAUGGAGAUUUGGAUAGAGACCCGCAUACAGGUGCAUUAACGGAUCUUGAAGAUUUGGGAUUGUCAUCCGAGCGUGAUACACCGCUCAAACUACAAUAAUUGACUGUAAAUUAUCUCAACUUGUUAUUUAGCAGCGUUACCCGUUUAAACAGAAUUCUUUAUUGGCUAUUCUUUAAUUGUACAACUAAGAUAAAUUAAAUCACAC